AUGACAACCGAGCUGAUGUCCUUGGUUCAAGGAAAAGACGAGCCCCUGAGGGAUUUUAUUAGCAGAUUCAACAAAGAGGCAACAACCAUUCCAAACAUGAGCCAGGAGGUAGCACUGUUGGCAAUGCAAAGCGGUCUACUGCCAGGGUCACCCUUUAGAGCGUAUAUGGGGCGUAAUAACCUCAAAUUGCUCGCGGAAGCGCUGGGUAAAGCGCACGAGUUCAUCAAGGCAGGUGAGACUGACAGGGAAAUGCAGGGGAGGAAAGCAGCAGGAGACCCAGUAAGGCGAGCCGAGGUCACCUGGGCAGAGAACGCGCCCAGGGCGGACCAGCCAAGCAGGGGAGAGCAAAUCCGCAGAGAAGCGGACAGAGUCGUAGGGCUGAGAAGAUCCGAUCCGCGGAGAAGGCCAAGGCCUGGGAAGUUUGAUCAAUACACCCCACUGACCCAUUCAAGAUCUCACAUAUUCAGCGUGAACAUAGCUGAUGAUAAGUGGCAGAGGCCCCCAAGGAUGAUAAACAGAAGCCGUGAUAUCAGUAAGUGGUGUGACUUCCAUAGGGACCAUGGCCACACCACUGAGGAGUGCACACACUUGAAGGACAACAUAGAGGACUUAAUCAGGAGAGGAUACCUGACCCAAUUUAAGCAGCGUGAUGAUCCUCCCAAAAGGAGGGAGGAGGAUAGAGCGGGCCGAGCUGACCGCAGAGGAGGUCAUAGGGGUCUAGCAGGAGACUGGGACAGAGAUAGCAAGCCAGAGAGCAGGGUGUAUGUGAUCAGUGGAGGACCAGUACAUGGGGGGACAGUCAACAGAGCGCGGGCUGACCUAAGGGCAAUGAUACAUCAGAUUAAUGACAAUGACAAGUGUAGAUGGCCACCCCUUCCCCCACAGCCACGAGCCAUGUUUGAUGAGUAUGACCAGAAGGGCAUAAUUUACCCUCAUGACGACCCGCUGGUGGUAACAAUGAGAAUUGCAAACUGGGAGGUGGAUAGAAUACUGAUAAACGGAGGCAGCUCAUCCAACAUCAUCUACAUCAAUGCAUUCAACGAGCUGAAGUUGGACAGAAAGGAUCUAAAGAGAGUAAACUACGAGGUCACCGGGUUUAAUGGCUCGGGGCUUACCCUAGAGGGCAUAAUCGAGCUCUCAGUCCGGGUAGGAGAGAGGUCAAGAAGGCGUGAUGUCCGAGCAGAAUUUCUCGUGAUAAACUCUCCCUCACCCUACAAUGUAAUCAUGGGAAGACCGCUCAUCCACAAGAUAGGCGAGGUGGUAUCCACUUACCACCUGACGAUGGCUUACACAACCAAUGAGGGGCGAUCAGCAAAGCUCAGGGGAAGUCAGAAGACAUCCCAACAAUGUUAUAUAACUGCCUUGAAGCAGCCCGCCAAAACCAGACAGCAGUCAGGUUCUGACAGAAGACUCCCUGAGCAGCUUGAGAGGAAGUCAAGGAAGAGAAAGCGUGAAGAGUAUCACAGGGAGAAGGAUAAAAAAAAAUUUGGCAAUGGAAAACUUCGAGCCUGCAAAAGAAGAAGUGGCCAGACCACUUCCCAACGGGGAGCAUGUCACGGUCGAGCUCACAGAAGGUGA